AAAAAACAAAAAGCAAAAAAAGAGAUUAAGAUAUUAUUUGAUUAUAAGCAAGGUAUAAAGUUACUUGUAGUGUAACAGUAACACUUGAUGGUCUGUGUUUCUAUUUCAAGUCUCAAAACAAUGGAAACAAAGAAACCCAUACACAAAAACUUAAAACUGUAUGUGAAAGAAACGUUCACUAACCUUUGACACUUCUGUGAACAUCCACAGUUUGAAACAAAGUACAGUCUCGUGGUCUAACGAAGAAGAAGACAAGAUGACUGACAUGAUUCCACCACAUUUGAGGAAACUUUGGGACAAAUGGAACAUUCGUGGAGUCAUAAUACUCAGUCUCUUCCUCCAAACAAUCCUUAUUUUCUUUGCACCUAGCAGAAGACGCACCGCAAAGAAGCUCUUCCUUGUCCUCAUAUGGUCAGCUUAUCUUCUUGCUGAUUGGGCAGCUGAUUACGCGGUUGGGCAAAUCUCAGACAGUCAAGAAGAAGAAGCUGCAUCAAACAAACAGUCCAAGAACCGUGAGCUGCUAGCUUUUUGGUCACCGUUUCUUCUCUUGCACCUUGGAGGUCCAGACACCAUUACAGCACUUGCCCUGGAGGAUAAUGAGCUUUGGGACAGACAUCUGUUUAGUCUUCUCUGUCAAGGAGUCGCCACCGUGUAUGUGAUCUUGUUGUCUAUACCAAAUAGGCUUCUGACUCCAACAUUAAUCAUGUUUGUGGGCGGAGUGAUCAAGUAUGUCGAGAGAACAGCUGCGUUGUUCUCAGCGAGUCUUGGCAAGUUCAAGGAUUCUAUGCUCCACGAUCCUGAUCCUGGUGCUAAUUACGCAAAGCUCAUGAAGGAAUAUGAAGCUAAGAAGAAUAUGAAUAUGCCAACUGAUGUGGUGAAGGAUCCAGAGAAAGGACGAGAAGGCAAUACUCCGAUUAGGCCCGACAAUACCUUGACCGCACUUCAAGUUAUUCAGUAUGCGUACAAGUACUUUAACAUCUUCAAAGGUCUCAUUGUUGAUCUAAUCUUCACCAAUCAACAGCGCGACGAGAGCAGGAAAUUCUUUGACAAGCUGACUGCAGAAGAAGCUUUACGUAUCAUCGAAGUCGAGCUCGGCCUCAUCUAUGAUUGUCUGUUCACCAAAGCAGAGAUUCUGCAUAACUGGACUGGAGCUGUGUUCCGGUUUAUAGCUUUGGGGUGCCUUGUUGCGUCUCUCUGCCUCUUCAAGAUGAAUAAGAAAGAUCAAUAUGAUGGAUUCGAUGUCGUCCUUACUUACGCAUUGCUCAUAUGUGGAAUAGCUCUUGAUUCCAUUGCUCUUCUCAUGUUCUGUGUUUCUGACUGGACCAUCGCUAGACUGAGGAAACUAAAGGAAGACCUGGAAGAGAAAGACACCAGGACAGACAGAGUUCUCAACUGGAUCCUCGAUUUCAAGACGCUGAGAUGUUUCCAGGAUAGACAUGAAGUGCUCAACAGAAACUUUAUGUUUCGCAGGUGGUCUGAGUAUGUUCAUGCUUACAACAUGAUUGGAUUCUGCUUGGGGAUACGUUCCACGAGAAUCCAUUAUACCAAGGAUACUGCCAUCGAAAAUUUUCACCAGAUCAUUCACAUUUUGUCCAUAGAUACUGCCAUCGAAAAUGCCACCAGAGGAGCUCGCCAGUUUCAGAAUUGGAUUGGUCGCUCUCUCAGUAAUUUGUCCAAAAGAGACAAUUCGGUAAUCCGUACCGGUCUUAAAUGGUUUCUCUUUUUUCCUCACCUCCUCGGACUUUUGAUCUACAAGUUCCUAGACUUCUUCGGUAUCAAAGAUUUGGUUGAAGAGAUAAGAUUCACAGUCAGUGAUCGCCUCACCAGAGAACUAUGGGAGUUCAUAUUCACAGAGGUGCAACAAAAACACCAAUUUGCUGAAGACCAAGAAAGUGCAAAGGAUAUAUCUUCAGCUAGAGGAAACUGGACUCUACUUGAAACAUCAAGCAAAAAAAGAGAAUACGGAUCAGACCAUGCGAAACUUCUGCAGUAUGUAACAGAAAAGGAUUACGAUCAGAGCAUUCUACUGUGGCACAUCGCCACAGAACUCUUAUACCAAAAGUCAAUAGACCAAGAAGUGACAACAGAGAAACAAGAACACCGUAAGCGAGAGAAAGAAGAACACAGUAACCGAGAGUUCAGCAAAAUCCUUUCGGACUACAUGAUGUACCUCCUUAUAGUGCAGCCAACUCUGAUGUCAGCUGUUUCUGGAAUCAUAAAGAUACGUUUCAGAGACACAUGCGAAGAGGCAAAGGACCUUUUCCGGAGGAGGCAUAUCGACAAAUCAAGGUAUGAAAAAAACAACCUUGUAAAAGAAGCUUGUCUAGCUAUUCUCUCUGUCAACACAGAAAUCGAUCCAAUGGCUGUGAAAGGAGACAGAAGCAAAUCCGUGCUGGUUGAUGCAAGCGUGCUUGCAAAGGAGCUAGAGAAAGAAGGCAGAAACAUGUGGGAAGUAGUGAGCAAAGUGUGGGUUGAGUUACUUUGCUAUGCAUCACUUCAUUGUAACUCUCAAGAACAUGCUUCUCAACUCAGCAAAGGCGGUGAACUCAUCAACUUUGUUUGGCUAUUAAUGGCUCAUUUUGGACUCGGAGAUCAAUUCCAAAUCAACAGAGAUGAUGCAAGAGCCAAACUCAUUGUCGCCAAUUGAUCACACAAACUCGGUUUCUUCAUCUACUUUUUUUUUUCCCUAUGUUUUAUCUUUGUCCACUUCCUUGAAUAAUCUGCACUUGUAGUGUAGUAAACUUCCUAGUCUAUGCUUAUGAACAUGAAAAUCAUCUCCUUUGUUAUCAAUUUCAUUCAAGAUUUAGACUC